AUGAUGGGCAAGGCCACGCCCGUGGAGGGCACUGGAGCCCACACAGGCACCGUGAAGUCCUUCAAUGCCACAAAGGGCUUCGGCUUCAUCUGCAUCGAGGGUGCAGAUGACGUUUUCGUCCACACCAAGAGCUGCGUAGGCACCUUGCCGAACCCUGGAGACAUCGUCAAGUUUGACAUGGAGCCGAGCGCAGCGAAGCCCGGACAGUUCCAGGCGGUGAAUGUCACCGGGGGCACCGCACCCCUCCAACAGGGCAUGGGUCCCAUGGGCAUGGGCAUGAUGGGCAAGGGCUUUGGGCCCGCCAUGAACAUGAUGGCAGGCAUGAUGGGUGGAUUGAAAGGCGGCAUGAUGGCUGGAGGUAUGGGUCCCUACGGAAAGGGCAAGGGUGGUGGCUUCGGCUACGGCGGAUACGGCUGGUAG